UGCCGGGAUCUCCUUUCGCACUCGUGAGGUUUGGUCGCGUCGUCGCUGUUUGCUCGUCGCAGCGGAACAUCAACCUCCGAGUAGCGUCGUAACAACAAUCCGAUCAAAAUGAAGGUGGUCGCAGCGUACUUGCUUGCCCUUCUGGGCGGCAACUCUUCCCCGUCCGCCAAGGACAUUGAGGCCAUUCUUGGCGCAGUUGGGGCGGAGGCUGACCCCAGCAGGGUCAGUCUUCUGCUUAAGGAAUUAGAAGGGAAAGAUAUCCUUGAAGUGAUCGCUGCAGGGAAGGAGAAGUUCGCGUCCGUGCCUUCUGGUGGAGGUGGUGGUGUUGUCGUGGCCUCGGGAGGGGCUGCCGCUGCACCAGCUGCUGCUGCUGCUGAGGCAAAGGAGGAACCCAAGAAGGAGGAAGAAAAGGAAGAAUCCGAUGAUGACAUGGGCUUCAGCUUGUUUGACUAGGUGCACUUGGUGUGAAGCGUUGCUAGCAUCUUCGCUCUUAACCCUUGAUUGCGUUAUUGAGGGCACCCUUGUUGUAGUCCUUCCCUACGACUACAGUGUUGGAAACUAUACAGUAAAGAUUCUUUAUCAUUCGUGACAGUGACCAAACAUUUUUGAA